AUGAAACAUUUAGUGGUUCAUGUUCCACCAUCAGCCAGUAAAGACGAACUUGAAGUAGACCUAUUAACUGCUAAAGUCGAUAUUCUUUCACGGAUGUUUCAUAUAAUUCGAGAUGUACAGCAAGAUAAAAGUAAAACAUUUGUUAUGUCUCAACUAGGUUCAAAAAGUGGUCUUCUGUUAUCCGAUUGGGCAAUGAAAGUGUUACCACAAAUGUAUCGAGAGAAAAUGGAUAAUUGGUUUGAAAAGAAAGGAAUUUCUCUCCAUGUUGAUUUCUGCGUAUUUGAACAUGUAAUUGAACAAAUUAAACAAAAUUUACCUGAUUUAACCGCGUUAUACACACGUAGCGGCAACGUUGAUUGUUAUGCUGGUACAGCAACUAUUAUAUCUCGUCAAGUUAUAUGUGCUAGUGCCGACAUUUGUUUGAAGAGAACUGAUUUUAGUGAAACACAGCGAGGCAAGAAUCAAGCCGAUCACGAUAUUGCCGUGGCAAAAUUCUGUCUGACAGUUUAUACAAAUCGUGGUGAUAAUUUGAUAAAUACAAAAUCCAUCAAAGAAGCAUUUGAUGAAUCUGUUGGCAAUUUAUCUGGUUGUAAAACAUCAGUUAAUGCUAUUGAUGAGUUCAAAUGUGUUUUACCAAAAAUGAAAAUAGAAGGUAUAACAAGAGACCAUUCAGUUGCAUUUAAUCGUGAAACUACUGGCAAAAAAGUUACGGUUAAAGAUGCAUUUCAAGAAAUGCGUCGUGUACAAAAGUCGGAUAAUACGAAACUCUUUACAACUAAUCAAUACUUGACUAAAAAUCAAAUUCGUAGCAUUUUGGGUCAUUUAUCAAAAAAAGGAUCAAUUGAUAGACGAAGUCAAUUAAUGCACAACAAUGAAAAGGACCAAAAACAAGACUCCUAUGAAGAACCAACAAGCAGCGAUGAAGACGGUGGUGAAAAUUAUUUUAAAAAACAACAAGAUGAAGAAUUAGAAGAUCUUGAACCUGAUGAAAUCGAUCAUGCGUUAAACUGCUAUAGUGAUAAUGAAUAUAACACAAAGAAAAUGAAUCAAAGUUAA